AUGGCCGACCUGCAGCACCUGCACUCCGCCUGGGACGUGGACCGCCACAUCGUCCUCGAAGGGGAAAGGCUGGUGCUGGUGCGCUUCAGCCACUACGAGUCGUUGCCGCCACCACAGCAGCAGCCGGCGGCCGGCGACGACCCCAGCGGUGGAGGGCUGAUGCCGCACUUUAUUGCCACGCGGCGCAUGGACGAGGUUCUCGCCGCCCUUGCCCCCAAGGUGCGGAAGUACUGCGUCAUGUACGCCGUCUCGACGACAGAGGUGCCGGAGUUUAACAUGAUGUAUGAGCUUGGCCAUGACCGGGAGCCGUUUGCGUUGAUGCUCUUUUUCCGUAACACCCAUAUCCGCGUGGACGUGGGCACGGGUAACAAUAACAAGAUUAACUUCUUCAUCGAGGCGGAGGACCUGCUGCCCAUUAUUGACGCCGCGUACAGGGCCGGUAAGAGCGGGAAGGUCACCACCAGCUCGGAGAAGAAGUUCACCACAGCUGCGGUGCGACGGUGA